UGCAAACAGAUCUGUGACCUGGACAAACAUCACUCCUCUGUCGGCUAAGGUCACAGAGCAGGAUUGCGUGAUGAAGGGCGACUGCGGGUAACUUUGAUCGGUGGGGCUCCCGUGCCCUGGCCGCCGGAGCGGCACCGAGCUGCCCACCAGCCGUGUGAGGCCCGGCUCCCUCCCCGCGGGGAGAACGUGCCAAGGUUCUGGCCUUCUGCCGCGCCCGCAGAUGGACUUGCGGGCACAGAGAGCGGGUGGAAGGGCCGCGUUCGUCUUGGCAGAGGAGGCUGACUGCUGAGCCAGGGCGUGUCUACAGGAGGCUGCCAGCUGCCCGGAUCCCCGCCUCGCCGCCAUGGGCCGCCCAGGCUGACCAGCCAGUUCUUGCUGGAGGCUCCUGGCGGCACCGGGGAGACCAUGCCCAGGCCCCCAGACUGCCUGCUGGGGCUGCUCCGGGGCACCCCGAGCCAGCGGGGCUGCACCCUCUUCCUCAUCAGCUUCAACUUCAUGUGCUUGGUCUCCGUCAUGAUCUACUGGCACAUCGCGGGGGAGCCCGGGAGCCAAGCACAGCUCUCUAACCUGCCGGUCGACAUCCCCUGCCCCCACCUGGAGCCCCCCAGGCGGCCCUCCGGCACCCCACCUCCGGGCAACAUCUUCUUCCUGGAGACCUCCGACCGGACCAACCCCAACUUCCUGUUCAUGUGCUCCGUGGAGUCGGCCGCCCGGGCGCACCCCGAGUGGCAGGUGACGGUGCUGAUGAAGGGGCUGCGUGGCCGCAACGGCUCCCUCCCGCACCACCUGGGCCUGUCGCUGCUACUUAAAUAAGUGCUGUCCGACGCCGCCCGGCUGGCGCUCAUGUGGAAGUUCGGGGGCAUCUACCUGGACACGGACUUCAUCGUCCUCAAGAACCUGGGGAACCUGACCAACACGCUGGGCACCCAGUCCCGCUACGUCCUCAACGGCGCCUUCCUGGCCUUCGAGCGCCACCAUGAGUUCGUGGCGCUGUGCAUGCGGGACUUCGUGGCCCACUACAACGGCUGGAUCUGGGGCCACCAGGGCCCGCAGCUCCUCACGCGGGUCUUCAAGAAGUGGUGCUCCAUCCGCAGCCUGGGCGAGAGCCACGCCUGCCGCGGCGUGCGCGCCCUGCCCUGCGAGGCCUUCUACCCCAUCCCCUGGCAGGACUGGAAGAAGUACUUCGAGGAGAUCAGCCCCGAGGAGCUGCCCCGGCUGCUCAACGCCACCUACGCCGUCCACGUGUGGAACAAGAAGAGCCAGGGCACGCGCCUCGAGGCCACGUCCCGGGCGCUGCUGGCCCAGCUGCACGCCCGCUACUGCCCCACGACGCACGAGGCCAUGAAGAUGUACUUGUGAGGGGCCUGCCGGGCUGGAGAAGGGCCCCGGCCUCCCUUCCUGGGGGGAGGGGGCAAGAUGAGGGGCGAAGGGUUAUUGCAGGACUUGCUGC